CCUGAAAAAUGAAAAAUAGCAUUAAACAAUGGAAAAUACAGACUACAUUUCAAUUUGAGUGAGAUUAAGAUGAUUUCAAUUUUCGAAACUCACCCCAUUGCUCCUCCGCGACCUCUUGGCAACACUCUAGCACCCAAGAUUUUUACUUUGCAAACAAGAAUUUCUAAUCAAGUCUCCACUUUGACUUUGGAUUAUUAUUUCACGGAAAUGACAUUCGUAUUUAUUCAGGCUCUUUUUUGCCUUAAUCCUAUGUUUUGAUGUACUCAAUUACAAUAAAAUCUAGUCGCAAAUUGCUCAUAAAUAAUAAAACAGAACCAUGAAAGCCAAAUCCAUCACUUGUGUGCGAGAAACACUGCAGUUAGGUCAGACUUUCAUCAAAAGUGCGGUUGUGUAAGGUCGUCGAAUCCCACAGUGUCCCUUGGUGAAACAGUCAUAUAACAAGGAUAAGAGAAAAAGAGAUGGCUUUAAACGCAACUGCAGUGCCAACAAAGAUCGGUGGAGUGGUAGCAAUCACUCUGCUAAAACUAGUCAGAAAUAAGUCUAAGAUUGAUAAUGGAAGUCUUGAUGUCGCCUCUGAAGUAGGAGAGAAGAUACCAUUUAGUAACUUGUACAUAGCCUGGUUGUGUGUUGCUGCUGUUAUUUUCAUACCAGGGCUUUUAGCUAACGGUAUGAUCAUUUUCGCUCUGUUCAAAGUUGAAAAGCUACGUGUUGCAUCAAAUUACUUGAUUGGCAGUCUAGCAGUGGCCGACCUAAUGAUGAUGGCAAUCAUGGUGUCAUUUGUAUUUAGCGAUGUGUUCCAAGUCGAUAUUCCUUUUUACCUGUUUCCGUCCCUUGACAUUCUAGUCGGAUCAGCAUCGAUCAUCAAUUUGGCCGGCGUAAGCUUUGACCGGGCUACGGCGGUGAUGCGCCCUUUUCAUUACCACGAUACGAUCAACUUAAGAAAGACUCUGCUUGCAAUUAAAUGCAUCUGGAUUUAUGCCUUUGCUAUAUUUAUUCUAGGUAUGCUUAGGCAAGUUAUAGCUUCCGAAGCCUACCACCUAACCGUGUUGUAUAUAGCUUACUUCUUUGGUUUUUUCGUUCCAUGCAUUGUUAUCGUGGUUUCGUAUGCCCUCAUUCUGUAUGCUACUGUGAAGAAUGUCAAACUCUCGCGAAGCGUCGCUAAAGCUGUGUACAGCGCAGCAGCCAACUUAAACGAUGAAUCGAAAACAAACUAUUUCCGUUCAAGGCAUCUGCGCAUCCAAGAAAUCAAAGUGGCGGGCAAUUUCAUGGUGAUAUUGCUUCCAUUUCUCGCUGGUUGGAGCUUUUUCUUUUGCACAAGCUUUCAUGAGAUGGUCGUUGGUCAUUAUGUAAGGAGCAGUCUUUAUGAGUGGUUUCUCUUAGUCGUCCCUUGGGUAAGCAGCAGCAUCAAUCCUGUGGUUUACCUCUUAUCCACUGCAUCCCUUCGUAAAACCUGCCUGAAGCUGAUUUGUAAAGGAAAGCCACUUGCACGCGCGAAAGAGUCUAUUAUGACGACACUGCAAUCAAAACGAAAUUCGACAGCAGAGAGAAGAGCAAGCCAAUCUUCUGAAGCUAAGGCACUGUUUUUAGAAAGGCUCAAUCCAUUAAACUUCAUCUUCAAGAAAACGAAAGCGGGUUACAACAAUUCUGGUUCUGUUAAAACAAUUGAAGAAAACAGGGUGCCAUUGAACAUUCCGUUCUCACAACAAUCUCAAAAAAGAUCAGUUGAAAAAAUGGAAGAUGCUGACAAAGGCUGUCUCUUGGUUUGUAAUUCUGUACCAAAAUCUACAUGUUUGAGCAUAAUAAAAGACCAUCAGCACGAGAUUGCACUAUGAAAUGCCGCUAUGCAACUGAAAAUUUGCAUGAUCAUGAAAUAUCUCUAGACGGUAUAUGUUUUAUCUCGAUUACCAGAUGUUUGAUGUUCCCAUGCUUGUGAAAAUUGAAGCCACAAAUCAAGACACAGUCGACCAGACAACUUUCGUAAAUCAUGCUUUUAUCUGAACCUGAAAUGUCUCUGGAACAAUUUAGAGGCAAUCGACAAAUACUUACAUCCGUCGUCAAGCCAUCUAACUAAUGGCCGAUCAAAAAGCAUGGUUCCGCUUAGCUGCUAGCGUAUUGGCCAAUAGUUGAUUAACAGGUGGUUUAAGAAACUUUUGACAUGCAUAAAUACAGCGAAUCAAAUAAUAACUUAGGCCAAAUUGAUCAGAGCACGCGCACAAAAGAAUUUAAAUCAACUCACGUGAAACUACUGCGUGCUACUCUAGGAUUUUACCGAUUUGCAGAAAGGCAGAAACUGUUUAUGUGUUUUUCUCUAUGCGCGAUUUGAUUGGUCAAACGCUCAUGGUCGAAUGGCUGUAAGCCACUUUUUCUUGUGUCAAAUGUCGUUAAGGUUUUGGAGUUGCUCGAUUUGGAGAUUUGGAGAAUUGCUCGUAAUGUUUUUCUCGGAUUAGAUAGUAAGAGCAACAGACGUAUUAAUUUCUUGAAUAUGAAAAAUAACGGGUCGCGUUUGCUUUAAUUAUUUAGGAAUUUGCUGUGUAUUUAUAAUGACCAUUUGCCAUUGUAAAUUUGAACACGAGGAACCCAUAUUGACGGCAACUUUUAAAAUUUGGUCCCUAACAAUUGAAAUUCUUAAAUUUGAUUAAUAAAGUUUGCAAAAGAUGAGAUAUGAGUUGGACAAAGGGUCCGGCCAGAGUGACUUAAUUAGGUAAUCUUAUUCAUACGAUUAAAACGGAAACAAUAUAAACUUGAUUAGCAUGAAAAGAUUUUCUUUGCUUCCUGUUUACUUUAAAGAAUGUUGGCCAUAGUAACAGGAGCAACUAAAUAAAGUAUGUAGAUUCAUGCAGCAGUAUUCCGUUUCGAAUUCAUGUAAAUAAAGAAAGUAGUUUGUAAAUAAUUCACAGCUUUCAAUGGUAAACUCACUGGAACCUCCAUUAAUGGGCAACUCUAUACAUCGGACACUUUACAACAGCGCAGAGAUAUUUUUAUCCCAAAUGGCCAAAACGCCCCUAAUGUAACCUAUAUUGAGCAGACACAAACAUUUGGGUAAUUACACUGGUCCGAGCGAUGUCUGUUAUAUGGAGGCUCCAAUAUGUAAAAAUUGACAAUGACAGAUUUGAUUUUAAAGUUAUCUGAUAUGUUUAUUUAUAUCAAUUUUCAUUCAAGUCAAUGCUUUGUUCGGUUUUAUGAAAUAAUGACAACUUUAUCAUUUUUCUUCGAUUUUGUUUUGAGAUUUCUGCAAAGAGGUCAUAUAUAGAUAAUUGCUUGUGGUAGCCGCUAUUGUGUAAACUGAAGGGGUUCGUUUCUUCUCUUGGACUCUAGUGGUAAUUCUCCUGUAGACGCGCGGUACUGAUUGGAUAACUAUAUUGAUCAUGUGCUCGCUAUUUUCUGGUUGGAAACUACGAUCCACAACUGGGUAUAUAUUUUCCGUCUUGUGCUUUUGGACUCAAAUUCAGACGUUUUAAGCUCUGAGAAGGGGCAGACGAAGAAGCAUUCAGCAUGUUUUAAAAUGUUUGCUUUUUUCAAAGCCAUUUUCUAAUUUUGUGCCGCCAAAAAAUUGAUCAGCUUUGGCUCUGGAACUUUUUGGCUUUGGAAGGCUAUACACAAAGACUGGGAUGACCAUGGGCUUCCAUUCGCAUGUUAUCGUUAUUUUGCAAGAGUCGAGCCUGUUUCAAUGCUUUAAUUGAGCCUGUUUUAAUGAAUGGGCAAAGAAAUUCAAAGAAAUCUUUAAUCAUCUUUCAUAAAGUUUACCAUUCAACAGCAAAACCACAUACACCUUAUUUUUCUUUUGGUCUUGAAAUCAUUUUAUCGACCAUAUGUCUUGUGCAUAUGUAUCGUCUAUUUUCGGGUGAAAAGUGAUCUGAGAAUGCAAUUUUUGCUUCAAUAAAGUUAAUUCUUUUUUUGAAUUUUUUUUUCUAAUUAUACAUCGUUAAUCGAAAGCACACUAGAAGAUUGAAUAAUUGACAACAAUUGAAUAGAUCUGCAAUUAAGUUCGCCAUAGGACUUUCUGUAAUUGUACUCAUACAGAGAAAAAACAUUUCCUUCACGGCCUCUUCGCAGUCAGAAUACAUCCUUCUAAGCAUUUAGCAUUGCUUAGUCGCAUAGAGUGUUCUUGAGAAAAGUUUAAUCCUGGACAAACACUUUAUGCAUUGUCAAGUGUAGUUUAGUCGUAUCGAGUGUUCUUUGGCACAAAGUUUGCUCCUGAUCAUAAACAUUUAGCGUUGUAUAGUGUUGUAUAGUCGAAUUGAGUAUUGCUUAGCAUAGUUUGAUCCUCGACAGAAACAUUAUGCAUUGUUAAGUGUUGUUUAGUCGUAUUGAGUGUUCUUGAGAAAAGUUUAAUCCUGGUCAAAAGCUUAUGAAUGACAGGUCUUUUAUAGAAGAUUUAUGUAAAGUAAGAAUGCCACGUUUUAUUAAAACUUUCGUUUCGCAAGGAAAAAAGGUGUGAAAUGUGGCAAAUAUUUUUCUUGAAGGAGGCAACAAAACAGCUUUCAUGAAUGAACGUCCUGUCGUAGUUUGUUAAAAGAAUAAAACUAAUUUCAAAAAAUUAAAUUCUAAUUAUCCAUUUCUGAUAUCCAUUUUUAAAAAAAUCUUAAACAAAUUUUUUGCAGUCAUUUUGAAGUGCUAAAUUCAAUUUCAAGCAUUUUGUAAUUUCAAGCAGCAAAAGAUUAUUUCACAUACACAUUUUUUAAUAGGAAAGUCUGAAACGCUUGAAUAGGCCCCCAUUUAACAAAAAGCGCUGUUGAAAAAGUAUGUUUGAUACUUUUUGAAUUCACUGUCAUUGUUUUCCUAAGCCUAUAAGCUUGUUUUUUUCUGAUUUUCAUGCAACCAAAAGAAUGCCAUUGUCUUGAAAAAACAUUUCUGGUGAACGGCUGAUUUCAGGCAAAAAUAUUUCACCAGCUUUCGACAGUUCUCCUAAGUCUAAAAGCUUUUAUGGACAGCCUUUUUUACAGAUGUUUGCCAAUCAAAAAUACGCCAAACGUAGACUGCCAAGUUUUUCAUACCAAAAAGGUUCUAUUUUUAUGAUAUAAAAAAUACUGCCUCUAAAUAUGAUUGCAAUGAGCUUUAAA